AUGGCUAAGGUGAUGCUAGCGUCCGAUAUUAUAACUAAAGAGAAUCUGGCAGUAAAGAUUGUGAAAAAGAGCCAACUGCUACAAGAUUUGGAUGAUAAGGAAAGCAUUUUGGUGGAACGUCGGGUGCUUGAGGUGGCCAGUGGAUGCCCCUUCCUCACGGAUGCUUACGCCACGUUCCAGACUGAAGAUCACAUUUUCUUCGCAAUGCAGUACCUGCGGGGAGGUGAUCUGGAUGACUUAAUUAAAGCUCACGAUAGACUGGACAUUGAUACUAUAAGAGACCUAAAGCCAGAGAAUAUUUUAUUGGAUGACAACGGUAACGUUAAAAUUGCUGAUUUCGGUCUUGCAUUAGAAAAUAUGUUUGGUGACAAAAUGGCUACAGAAUGCGCCGGCACAUUGGGAUACAUGGCUCCAGAGAUGAUGAAUGAUGAAAACUACAAUGCAUCUCUGGACUGGUGGGGAUUGGGAGUUAUUAUCUAUCAGAUGGCUACAGGAUAUCAUCCUUUUCGUCGUAACCCAUGGCAAACAGUGACCAGACCAACAGAACAAAGAUACACACCCCACUAUCCCGAGUAUCUGAGCACAGACACACAGGAUAUAAUGGAAAAGCCAUCAUUAGAAAACAUCACAGGAAGUAUGAGCGUUAGGGAAGCACUCUCAUUAACAUGGUUUACAGAGGAGCCAAUUGGCUCAUCAGAGCAAAAGCUGUUUAAAGGCUUCAGUUUCAACAAUCCCAAAAUAACCAACCUAUUAGAGCCAACAGCAGCCCCUUUAUGUUCGGUUAAAGAAAAGAACAGGAAGAGAAAGAGGGUAGUGAGUGGAAAUGAAGAAAUUAUUACUAAAAAGAAUAGGAUGCUGGAGUUAUCAAAGCCCGUACCAGCUAUUUCAUGGGCUGCGAGAGCGAAUAACAGAAAGAGAAAGAAGGGAGAGAACGAUAAAGAGGUUCAUCCAAACAUACCUAGGACUGAUGAACUAUCUGAGCCAUUAGCAGCCGCUACAUGUACAAACAGAGACCUCAAUAGGAAAAGAAAGAAGGAUCAGAGUGAACGUGACAGUCAAACAAUUUCAAAAACACAAAAGGAAUCUUGA